GAGUUUUGUCUGCGCUGCGUUUCGCUCGUCCCGAACGUCGGGAGUUGGGAUGAUGGUGUACCUUGCACCGUAUCGCCUCUGUGACGUCGGUGUCAACGGGACUGUCACCGGCCAUCGACGAGUGUGCUGAAGGCUUGCAAGGAGCCGGCUGAGCUUUCUUGUGUGUUAGGUGUAUUCGCUCUACCCCGGAUUGAUCGAUUGAUCGGCUACGUCUGGUGAUACGGAUCGUACUACCCUUGUUCUCUUUUUUCAAUUUUUUUUUUCACCCUUCGUGAUUCCCCUUGGAUACACGCCGGGUGCCUUUGCGACGCGAUGGCGACCUGUCGCCGACUCCUUUGCGCCGCGGUGUUUCUACUGAUCGCAGAGGCCACCGUCGCAGUGCUUACCGUUUCCCUACCCAACUAUUCAAUAAGGCCACCCCAGUUGGGCAGAGAGCGCAUCCGGUAUACGACGGAGUACACGUGCGAAGGUCGCGAGCUGAACAUCUCGUGCCCGGAGAACUACCAGAUUCACCUGGUUCGCGCCAACUACGGCCGGCUCAGCAUCGGCAUCUGCAACGACUUCGGUCGGCUCGACUGGAGCGUCAACUGCAUGUCCUACAAGUCCUUCCUCAUCAUGCAGGACAGGUGCGCACACAAGUCAAGUUGCGGUACGCACGUGUCCAGCAGUCUCUUCGGGGAUCCCUGUCCUGGUACUCUCAAGUACCUGGAGAUGCAGUACCACUGCGUGCUCGCUACCGCUUCGCCGACGCCGUCCGGGGGCGCCAAGGAGCACCCAAGGCCUCCGCUUCACGGACCGGCCGUGACGAACGCCACCUCGCACCCGCAACAGCUGGGACCGCGGGACCGACCCACGGCGUCGCCCAACCUCAACGUCCCGAACAUACACAGGUCCAAGCAGGAUGGCUACGCACCGGUUGCGACGUCGAAGCGACCGGCGCCGAGUACGACGGUUCCUACGACAACGACCUCUACGACGACCACCGCGACGCCGUCCACCCCGGCGCCGACGACGUCUCGUCAAACGUCGACCACGGCGGCUUCACCGAUGCGACCGGGAGUCGGGGGCGAUGAAGACGACGGCGAUGACCUGAGGCCUGACGUGCGCGACUUCAACAGGAACCGAUACCCGACGCCGGACUCUAGACCGCCGUGGCGCGGAUUCACGCCUUUCGCAACGGGACAGCCAGGUGGCGCUGUCACGGACGACCCGUCGUUCGACGCGACUCCUGGCGGCGGUGCCGAGGAGUACUGCGCGCCCACCACUUCCCGGGAGCUCUCGUGGAACUGGACCAGAGCUGGAAACACGGCUGUGCAAAAGUGUCCCGGCGGAGCCACCGGUGUGGCGAAGUGGAAAUGCAGUCGCGUCGGUCUUCGCUGGGUUCCGGACAAACCGGACCUCCGGCUCUGCCGCUCCCUCUGGGUGGAGAACCUUCGAGAGAGGCUGGAGAGCGGCGAGUCGAUCAUCAGCGUGGCCAUCGACCUGUCGCUGAUGACGCAGACCAAGUGGCUGUUCAGCCAGGACGUCAAGCACAUCGCGGCCAUUGUGCAGCAGAUGCUCUCCAAGGCCGUCAGCAGCAUGGAGACAUUCCUGGACGCCUGGCACCGGGAGCAGGUCUUCAAGGAACUGCUAGACGCCAUCUCUGAAACGGCCAGCAACCUGCUGGAACUGAAGCAGAGGCCAGCGUGGCAGGACCUAAGCUCGGCUGACCAGAAGCAAGUGCUGACCAUGCUCAUGGCAGCCCUGGAGGAGAGUGCUCUGCUCCUGGCCGAGUCAUUCUCGAGCGAGUCGUUCUUUCCCGUCGUCAAGUCCAACAUACUUCUCUCGGUAAAGGUGAUUGAUUCUCGAUGGACAAUGAACAUCCAGUUUCCAUCGGUGAGCGAGACGCAGAGUUUGCAGUGGUCCGGCAUGCAAGACUCUGUUCUACUACCAGUGGAGUCCAUAGCCCAGUUCUCAAAGCAUGGUCUCGGCAAGGUCGUGUUCAUUGCCUACAAUGGUGUCGAGGAUUUCUUGAGGCCGGAACCGAUGGCCAGGCAAGGCGUGGACAGCUACGUCAGUGAUGAUGGAUACAGUGAACAGACGAACAUCGUCUUCAACCCUGGCACACACGUUGUCAAUUCACGCGUAGUGGCUGCUUCGGUGGGUCGCCAUCGCAACAGCCAUCUUCCACAGCCCAUCACUGUCACCCUCAAGCAUCUGCAGGAAACUAAUGUCAGCAACCCUCAGUGCGUGUUCUGGAACUACGACAUGCAGACGUGGUCCACCGAAGGCUGCUGGGUGCACUUCUACAAUUCGACGCACACAACAUGCGCUUGCGAUCAUCUCACAAACUUUGCCGUCCUCAUGGAAGUGCAACCAGCCCAGGCAUACAGUACAAAUCCCAGGACGCUUAAGGUGAUCACAACUGUUGGAUGUGUCCUGGCAAGCCUUUUUCUUCUGGUGACCAUCAUACUACUUCACAUACUAAGCUUCAAAAAGAACGAUCGGCUCUGGAUUCACAGAAACCUCGCCCUGUGCCUGCUCAUCUCUGAAUUUGUCUUCAUCGGUGGCAUCAGCCAGACUCACCUGCCGGUCCUGUGCGGGGUCGUGGCUGGCCUCCUACACUAUUUCCUGCUGGUCGCCUUCGCCUGGAUGUUCCUCGAGGGGUUCCAGAUCUACACAGUCCUCAUGGAGCCCAUGGACGGUCACCGGUCGCGCCUGUGGUGGUUCUGCAGCCUGGCAUACAUCGCACCCGCUGUCAUAGUCUCCAUCGCGGCUAUCAUCGAUCCCUACAGCUUUGGCACCUCCAGCUACUGCUGGUUGGAGUCGCAAAACUACUUCAUCUUCAGCUUCGUCGGGCCCUGCGUGGGUGUUGUCUUCGGCUGUGUCAUCUUCCUGUGCAUCUCGGCCUGCGUGCUGUGUCACCAAGGGAGCACCACGACUGCUGUCAAGUGCAAGGAAGAAGCCAAGCUUCGCAGAGUUCGAAGCGACAUAUGGUGGGCUGUCUUUCUGGUGACAAUCAUGUCUCUUGCCUGGGGCUCCGGUAUCCUGUAUGUUGUCAAGUACACAGCCAUGUUUGCCUACUUGUUCUGCAUCUUCAACAGCCUACAGGGCGCCUACGUUCUCUUCUUCUGCUGCUGGAAGAACGAAGUGGUGCAAGAAGAAGUGCAGCGGGUCUUGAAAAAUGUUCCCUGGCUUCCCGAGUGCCUGCGACGUUCUUCCGGGAACGACGACAGCCCCCCGCCGCACGUGCUGUCCAACGGCACUGCAGCUCAGCUCAGUGUUGUCCAGCAGUCUUGGAACUCACAGGACAAAAAUUCUACAGUUACCCCAAAGUUCACCAUACCAGGUCACCAAUCUAUGGACAGAGUCAGCAACAACUGCAGCCUGGCAAUCGCUUCUCCCGAUGCUAGCAGCCACAUACUGGAGCAAGGGCAGAACAUCAAUGCCCUCAGCCAAGUGUCUGGUGGCACCCUGCACCGAAGCUCACCAAGCAACAACAUAAGUGGCAUCAACAGCCCCGAUCAGCUGCCCUCGCACCCCAACAAGCUCCAGCGUACACCAAGUCAUCUGAAGAGCGGCCAAGCGGCCCAGAACGGACCCCAUCACCGAACUUGGGCUCACAGCCGGAGGCCAGGACACUACUCGGAUUCUUCGAGUGUCUACAGUGCGUUUGCGGACCACAUCUAUGAGUCCAUCGACGGUGAUGCCUCCUCGGUCGAUCGACUGUCCGAUGUCCCUCCGCCGCCCGCGCCUCCCCAGUCUGAGGCCUUCUACGGAGACAUGUCCGACAUGAGCCAGCACUCUUCGUCCAGCUAUGGCUAUGACCAGCGACCGCUACUCGUCGCGCCACUGCCGGGAAAGUACCAGGCUACACCCCUGGCGCACGUCAUGCAGGGCUUCGCCAGGGACUAUGCUUCGUCUUCGCCAGAAACGCCGCGCUAUGGCACAGACCAGCAGCGGCAUUAUGGCUCUAGCCGUCGCAAGCAUGACAUCGUUGGUUUCAACGGGCCUCCCUACUCGCCAAAGAUGCUGUACGAGGUGGCCCUGGCUCAGAGGCUUGAGGACGCCCCAACAAACUUCUCCUCGGACUCGGGCAUGGUUGCCGAUAGCGAGGACUGCUGGGGCACAUCGCCGACUCUUCCGGACUUGUUGCAUGGCCCCGUUGAGAGCAACCCUGUGGUGAUGGCAGUGUUGGACGGUGAGAAAGUGGUGAGCAGGAUUCGUCCAGACGCAGUGAUGACGGGACCUUCGGAUCCGAGAUUGCAGCAGCAACAGCCACAGCAUCCGCAGCGAUACAACCUCAGCACGUACUGCUAACCGAAGUGGUGUGUGUGUGAUAUGCAUGUGCAGAUAGGCAGUGCGAAUUUUUUUUUUUUUUUUUUGCCGAGUUUGAAAUUCUUGUCGCAUAGGACUUUUAAGAAGCAAUCGUGUACUUAAUGGAGGGGGCUGGCACUUGUGAGGGACAAACUGUGUGUGUUCCCCAGUCCAUGUACCCGUCCACAAGUCGACUCUUCAGUGUCUCGAGAGAAGACGGGGAGAGACCGGUUCUGUGAAUCCUAGGCAUCUAGUCGUCGAAUACAAGAGUGAAGGGAGGAGUGCUAGUCGCUGGCGAGAGCAGAAUUGGUGCAGCCAUUCUUGCUCGCCGCCCGUGAUCGGAGCUAGGGCACGGAUGUCUCUCGACUACUUUAGUUCAAAGAAGAAAAUGACGAGAGACUGAGUGGUGCUUUUUGCUAUGAAGCCAGGUCAAAUCGACGGCUUUGUACAUUUAUUUUAAUUAUUUGCUGUAAGUACAAUGUAAAUCUAGGCUUUUUUCACGUAUUUAAACGUCCUUGUUUUGUGUUGUGUACUUUUUUUUAUUCCUCUAGGAAAACAUUGCAAGUGAACCCAGGCCAAGGCUCUUUUUUUUUGCUGUUGUUGAUGUUCUGUAAAUAAGGCGUGUGAGAGCUAUUUUCGCAGUUUCAUAAGUCACCCGCUUCUACAAGAAAAGCGUCACCAAAUCACUGACAGUGUUGUACAUAGUGUAACGGCUGAAGCAUUGGUCGCACACUCUAUUUUCUUGCUGCCACUUUUUGCGCAUGCAUGUCUGGCUUGCAACGCGUGACCUGCCCAACUUAACUAUUGCCGGUGUCAUAUGAGAUGCAUUUCUGGAAGCACAAAGGCCAAGUGAAAUAAAGGGAAAACAGAUUGCUUGGCUGAAGCAGCAUUCACAUCAUCUUUGAUCAUCAAAGUGUGCUGUCACCUAUUGCAUCUUGAAUAGUGCUCCCAUUGAAACAUUCCUGUAACCCCCUUAAAUUUGAAGUACACUAGCUAUCUACAGCAGCUUUUGUCUCGGAAUAUCAAUUCAACAUAUUUUCGGUAUGAGCCUGCACAGAUGUUUGCUGCUGUUCUGUGAUCCCAAUCAUUGCCUAAGUUAUUUGGAGAAAAAAACAUUUUGUGUCUCUGCAUUAAGGAGAGGUAUUUCUCGAAUGAUCCAAGACUGCCAGAAGCUGUUGUCAAUUUAAGACAGAAGUUUUUGUGUUGACCUCGUGUCUCAAACUGAUAGAGGACACACUGUUGGCAGUACGAGAGGCUAAGUGAAGUCGAAAGGUCUGUUGCCUUUCUAGCACUUGUUGUACAGAAGUGUGCCAAAUAAAAAUAAUGUUUAAAAUCUUGCAAA